CGAACAGUGCAUUCAAUCAAACAUGUCUUCCAAAUUUAAAAUAUUAAUUAUUUUUCUUUUCAUCGCGAUGUGUUGUGCCAGUUACAGAGAACAGUACAGAGUUCCGCAUGAGUUCUCUCAAAAUUGGGAGACUUAUAUCUUCAAAGACAAGGAGUAUCUAAUCCAGAAUUUACCUGUCAACUGGGAAAACGCCAAGAUAUUGUGCCAAGGACACCACAAUGGAAAUUUGGCGACGCUUGAUACAAAGGAAAAGUCCGAUUUCCUUGCUGAGGCGUUAUCGGAAUCUCAAUUAGAGAUAGACGCAGUGUGGGUUGGCGCACGACGGGAGUCGAGCGAGGACCCGGAGGGCUACCGCUGGAGUCGCGGCUCUGAACUGCGCCGCACCGCCGCCGAUAUACUAAAGAACGAAAAAGACGAAAACGCUGUCAGACACUAUCCUUUGUGGUUGAAUCGUACACACGUGCCGGUGCCGGAGGGCGGCGCUGACUGCGUUGCUUUAGAACGCGUGCAGCACGACAAGCCUGUCUUCCUGGACCUAUCCUGUCAGCUGGAGCGACCCUUUGUCUGCGAGAGAGACGCGAAGCAAGACGUGGCGGUACAGGAGGUGCGUACUGUCCGCUGCCGCACUGGUCUCUACCAUGUUUACGACGGGAGGCUCAACUGGCAUCAGGCAGCCGCCUUCUGCGUUGUCAAGAAGAUGUCGUUAGCAAACAUCGGCACAAUGCGAUGCUUGAGGAAACUGGGACUAAGCAUGCUGAAGGCUAGACCGAGUAUCGAGAGCGCAUGGGUUGGAGCGAAGGGCAACCUGGGUCACUGGACGUGGAUCGACUCCGGUCUCAGCAUCUUCCAGAUGACCACCUACACAGACAUGAUGUCCGACAUCUGGCCUCCCAUGAGAGACAGGUCUACAAUAAAACAGAGCGGCUGUCUGCAACUGGACCGGCAUACGACCAACGAUCCAGUGUUCCUUGAGGCGCGCUGCGAGAGGAGGAUGCAAUUCAUUUGCUACAAAAAUCUGACUGGUGUGCCCGGCAUGCGUCGCCCGAUACCCAUCCCCAGCGAUGACAACUAUUAUUACAUAUUGGUGCGUCAGCUAUACUACUGGCAGCACGCUUACGAGAACUGCCUCAAGCUGAACGGAACACUCGCCAGCAUCGAUAGCAACGAAAUUCUAGUCCAGUUACUUCUUGUCAUGGGAGAAAAUAAGGAUGAACCUGUUGAGCACAUUUGGAUCUCCGGUCGUCUGAACAUGACGAAAGACCCCAAUUCCGACCUGGUGACGUACGCCUGGCAGAACCCCAUCACCGGCAAGAGGAUUCCAGAUUCUAAGAGCGAAGGGGAAGCAAUGUUCGCGUCUUUCUUGCCACCAUGGCUGGACGAGGAGUUCUCUAUGGACAACCCUUGCCUGAACUUGGACCGUCAGGACCAUCUCAACGGUUUAGUCUACGGAAUGUCCUGUGAUACCCCACAAUACUCCAUUUGCAUGAUUGAAAAAACUCCAACAAAGACUGGAUCCAAAGAGAAUCUAAUAGAAGGGAAUUAUUCUACCUAACAUUGUGUUCACAUUGGUGUUGCUAUUACUUCUGCUGCAGAAUAUCCAGACUUUAUUUAACAUUCAAUGAACAUAAUAAAACUGUUCACCGAUAAUUUGUGUUUUAAUUUAUUACCAAUAUUACUACUAGAUGUGUUCUUAUCGGGAUGACAUUGAAAAUAGAUAUGCCAUGGCCAAACCCAAUACAAUCUUUAAUCUCUAUCCAUUUGUGCUAAUACAUACUAUAAAUAUUUUACAUAAAAAUAUUAAUAUGAAUGCAAUAGAUUUUUAGUAAAGAUGAGGCAAAAAAUUAAAUUCAUGUGUUUUUGUUAAGAAACCUUAAAAUGUUUGUCACAUUACUGUAGAACAUGAAAAUGAACUUAAGCAUCUUAAAGUACUUGAAAAUGUGUUCCUUUAUGUACCACCCAUGUUUUGUAUCCUACAUCAACAGCAGUUUCACUUUAUAUUAUAAUUGUAGAACUUAAUUAACU